UCAGCUAGGAAGUAGCUCACAGUACAGCCAGACAUCCUUACGACACGAACACCUUACCACGUGUGUCUCCAAUCACUCGGGCCUCCAUCAUGCGAAUCGCACCGGGCAUCAUCGCCGCGCUCCCAGUCCUCAAUGCAAUUGCCGCAUUUGUGCCUGCUGAUACAUCUGCUACCGAUCAACUUGCACGCCAAGCACUGGACAACGUGCGCCGGAGAGCUUCUCGUCGACAUGCGAGCUUCAGUGAACAGCCUCUGACUACACUCGUAUCAGAACGCGGACCAACGCUUGCAUAUGGCCGCCAUCGUCUCCCACGCUCUCAUCCCUCAUACACAGGACCCUCAGACGCAGAACAGAAGCCAAAAUGUACCAUGGAGACAGCCUCGGUCCGGAGGGAAUGGGACUCGCUCACGCGAGACGAGAAGAGAGCUUACAUCGACGCCGUCCUCUGCUUGAUGCACAAACCACCCAUCAGCGGUGACCUCGUACCGGGAGCACGCAGCAGGUUCGACGACUUCUUCGGAACGCAUGUCAACCAAACCCUCUCCAUCCACGGCACGGGGAACUUUCUCUCAUGGCAUCGCUACUUCACCUGGACCUAUGAACAAGCUCUUCGCCACGAGUGUGGCUACACCGGUCCAUUUCCCUAUUUCAACUGGGGCCGCUACGCCCUCGAUCUUCUCAAUGCCCCGGCCUUCGACGGCUCCGACACCUCCCUAUCCGGCAACGGCGUCCCCGACUCUCGCAACAACGGCACCAACAUCCCUUCCAACGCCAUGCCCUUCAUCGUCCUCCCCCCAGGUCAAGGCGGAGGAUGUGUCGCCACCGGCCCUUUCUCCAACUACACCGUCAACCUGGGCCCCGUGACUCCCGCCCUCUCCUUCAUCGCCCCCAACCCGGCGCCCAACGGACUCGCGUACAACCCACGCUGUUUCCGCCGCGACCUGGGCGCCUACUCUGCAAAAAUCUGGUCCAAAGACUCCGACUGCUACGCCCUCAUCACACAAUCCCCGCACAUUGGCGCCUUCCAAACGACCAUGCAAGGAGAUUUCGCUUCGGGAUUUUUAGGCAUCCACACCAGUGGCCAUUUCAUCACGGGAGGAGAUCCCGGAGGAGAUUUAUUCGCUUCGGUCGGAGAUCCGUAUUUUUAUCUUCAACAUGCCCAAAUUGAUCGCGUGUGGUGGAUUUGGCAACAUUAUGAUGAUGAUGAUUGUGAAGAAGAAGAGGAGAAUGAGAGAAUUUAUGUCAUUGCGAAUACGACUACGGUGAAUAAUGUGCCUCCGAGUCGGAAUGCGACGUUGGAUGAUGUGAUUCAGUUGGGUGUGAAUGAUUUAUAUGGAUCGCAGGGAAUCAAGAUUCGAGAUGCCGUCGAUACCAUGGCGGGGCCGUUUUGUUAUUAUUAUGAUUGAGCAUCAUCAUCAUCAUCAUCAUCACUAGGUUACGGGUAGCGGGUAGCGGGUAGCGGGUUUGGCAUCUCACGAGGAUAUGUAUGGUCAGACGAGGUGGCAUCCAAGUAAGAAGACUUUAUGAUAGAGACAGACAGACAGACAGAUAGCGGAC